GCUUGUCACCCCUGGCAGUCGAAAAAAAAUGAAGCUUGUGCUGUCCUGCCUGUUCGCCCUGCUGGCCCUCACCACAGCCGAUUCGGUGAGUGAGGUGCCUGAAGAUGAAGCACUGGUGCGUCUGCAGCUGCAGCCAGAGGCCGACAUGUUCCCCUGCUGUGACGGCACAGAGGAGAUCAGCCAGAGUUCCUCUAAUGACACACCUGCACCUGAGCGAACUGUUUGCCAGCCCUGCAGCUCUGGUUCGAAGUUGGUCCCUCCAACCAGAGGGGAUGGAACCAGUGAGGAGGAGGACAGUGACAACGAUGAGAUGGUUUCAAGUGAAGCAGCUGAAGGGCUGAGUGAAGAGGAAGUAGAAGAAGCAUCUGAAGAAGCUGAGAUGGUGGAAGAGGAUGAUGAUGAGUCUACUGAGGGAGAUGCAACUGAUAAGGUUUCAGAAGCAGAAGCAGAUCUAGUAGACACUAAGUUGACUAUCCCUAAGGAAGUAAAAGAACCAGGAAAGGAACCAGAUGUGAAGAAAUCAGAGUUAAAGAAGCCAGCUCUCAAAAGCUCAGCAAAAGGAAAGAACCCUCCAGUGGGUCCUAAGAUGAGGGACCGGUCUCACCUUGAGAACACGCUACGUCUGACGACGACUGACCCUGCACAGCGCUUUUCAGCCAUCGUGAAGAAGCUGCAACACAUUUACCACACAGCCAUCAAGCCUUUGGAGGAGGUGUACAAGUAUCAGGAGCUCAGGCAGCAUGAGGUCUCAGAUGUUGAAAUCGCCUCCAAACCCAUGGUGCUGUUUCUGGGCCCCUGGAGUGUUGGCAAGUCCACCAUGAUCAACUAUCUGCUGGAUCUGCACAACAAACCACAAGAACUCUACACAGGUGCCGAGCCCACCACCUCCGAGUACAUGGUCAUAAUGCAUGGCGAGAAAGUGCGCACCAUUGAGGGCAUCGUAAUGGCAACCGACCCCUCCCGCUCGUUUUCAACCCUGGAGAAGUUCGGUCAGGGUUUCCUGGAGAAACUGGUGGGCAUUGAGAUGCCACACAAGCUGCUGGAGCGGGUCACGCUAGUAGAUACACCAGGGAUCAUCGAGAACCGCAAGCAGCAGGAAAGAGGUUAUCCCUAUAACGAGGUGUGCCAGUGGUUCAUCGAUCGAGCAGACCUGAUCUUCCUGGUUUUCGACCCCACCAAGCUGGAUGUGGGCCUGGAGCUAGAGACGCUUUUCAGGCAAAUGAAAGGACGUGAGUCGCAAAUCCGCAUCAUCCUGAACAAAGCUGACAGCCUGGUGCCGCAGGAGUUGAUGCGUGUGUAUGGUGCUCUCUUUUGGAGCCUGGCACCACUGAUCAACGUGACAGAGCCUCCACGUGUUUACGUCGGCUCGUUCAGGCCUCAGGAGUACACAAUUGAUGCUGUCCAAAAACUAUUCAUUCAUGAGGAGGUCUCCCUCCUGGAGGACCUGAAGCAGGCCAUCGAGAACCAGCUGGAGAACAAAAUCGCCUUCCUGCGGCGCCACGCUAUCCGUGUUCGUGUUCAUGCUCUCCUGGUUGACCGUUAUCUCCAAACAUACCAUGAGAGGCUUGGCUGGUUUGGUGACCCACAUGAGGUGAUGAAGGACAUCGUGGAUGAACCCGACCGGUUCUACAUCUACAAAUCAGUGCUGGCCAAAACUAACGUGAGCAAGUUUGAUCUCCCAGAGCCAGAGGUGUACCAGGACUUUUUCAAUGUAAACCCACUGAAAGAGUUCAAGCUCCUGCAGAAGCAUUGUGGCUGGAGGAAUGGGUGCUUGUUGGAGAAGAUCGAGAGCGCCAUCACACGGGAGCUGCCUGGUUUGCUGGCCAGUCUUGGCAAAACAGAGGAGGCGCCAAAGGUGGAGAAGACCAAGGUUGAGGAGAAGCCCAAAGUAGAGGAGAAGCCCAAGGUAGAGGAGAAACCCAAAGUGCAGGAGAAACCCAAAGUAGAUGAGAAGAUCAAGGUAGAGGAGAAACCCAAGAACCCCUGGAGAAGGCAUUGAAGGAGGCAGUGAGGGAGAGGACAGGGGGUGGAGGUGGAGGUUCAUAUUUUUGGGUUGUACAACAGCUUCCAUCCAUACUGGACUCAGGGCAUUGAGCUACUAAAAGUGUGAAUACAUAAACAACACAUUAAAUAAAGGCAUUAAUUAAUAAAGAGAUAUUGAAUAGAGGAUUGACUGACUGAAUGGAUGGAUGGAUGGAUGAAUGGAUGGAUGGAUGGAUGGAUAAGUGAUCAGAAUCAGUGGAUGGAUGAAUGUAUAAUUGAUUAGUGCACGUACGGAUGUAUAUCUAGAUGAAUGAGUGGAUGAAUGAACGAUCAGUGAGUGAAUAAAUGGAUGGAUGGAUGAAUGUUUGAUAAAAAUAUUGUUUUGGGUUGCACAACAGAUUAAUCUGGACUCAGGGCAUAGAGCCACUAAAAAGUAUGAAUACAUAAAUAAAGCAUUCUAUGAAGGCAUAAAUGAAGAAAUAUAAAUAAAAUAAAGAAAUGAAUGACUGAAUAAAUGAAUGCACUGCAAAAAUGAUAUCUUAGCAACUGAACUAUUCUUGAAUCUAGCCAAAUCUAUCUAUCAUUUCUUAAAACAUGUUUACAACAAACCCAAAAAUAAAAUUAUUAAGAUUAGUUCUAGUCAUGUUAUUAAAAAAUUGUAAGAGAAAAUGUCUUGCUUUAAGUUUUGAUUCUUUCAAUAAAUACAUAAAUUUCUGCAAGUAUCCAAAUUUUCUGCCAAUGGAACAAUCGUAGCUUGAAAUUGUAAUGUUUGAUUAGAAGUAAGCCUUAUAAUCCUAUAUUUGGUUUGUUGUAAGAAAUUGUAGAUGAAUGUAUAUAUAAUGAACUAUAUUUAGAUAUUUUUAUUUGCUAAGAUAUAAUUUUUUACAGUGUGAUUAGUGGAUGGAUGGAUGGAUGGAUUCUGGAUAAAAAAUUAACAGGAACUAAGUUUUUUUUUUUUUUUUUCAGUCAAAGCCGCAAACAGUCUAAUCAAAAGUGAAGAAAAUAAAAAUACAUUAUAAUCAGAUUUUAUUGGACAGAAGUGUGUGGUUUAUUUAUAUACAAGAAGUUAAAAACACGACUUCACGUUUUCUUUUCAGUUUUACACCUUACAGUAUUUUUCACUUUUCCUUCACACAGUGUAUCAGGAUUGAUGUUUAUUAAACUGUCACUUAGUCUUUACAGAGCACAACUCGGUUUUUUAACUUCACCAUACUGUACAUUUGCCUCCUGAAUAUUUUCUCAUAAGAAGCUCAUUUUGACGAAAGUGUGUAGCACUGCAUGUAAAAUGUAACUUUUAAUUAAAGCUUGACCUGUUCUUCA